GAGCUUGCUUUACUACCAUACUUAAUUUAUGAAUAAUUACAAUUAUAUUAUGAGUAAUUAUAAUUAUAUUUAUAUCAAUAACACAUGUUUAUUUGAGAUUAAACAUAAAUUGUAUUACCUGCAUUAUUCCACCAACCCAUCUCUUCUCUGCAUGCACAUAUAUAUUUCCGUCUCUAGAUCUCCUAUUGCCAAGGCACAAACAGACACAGCUAUGGAUGAAGCGAUAGUUCUCUACCCAUCACCAAACGUAGGCCACUUGGUAUCUAUGAUAGAGUUUGCCAAGCUCAUACAUGCCCGGCGAGCUUCCCUUUACAUUCACAUACUCAUUAUCUCCACCCCUCACGGUGGCAGAAUCACUGCCUCUUACAUUGCUAAUGUCACUGCCUCCAUUCCCUUAUUGCAUUUCCACUAUCUUCCCACCAUAACUCUCCCUUCCAAAACCACCCCAACGCUCCAUGAAACCCUCACCUGUGAGGAAAUGAUCCGUCUCAGUAACCCUCAUGUCCACCAAACCCUCCUUUCCAUCUCCAAAACUCAGACCAUUAAUGCCCUAAUUAUGGAUUUCUUCUGUUUUGCUUCUCUUCCUGUUGCCAUCCAACUCAACAUUCCUGGCUAUUUUUUCUUCACUUCUGGUGCUGGGAUUCUUGCAAUCUUCUUGCGUCUUCCAACCCUUCAUCAAAACAGUACCAAAAGUUUCAAAGAUCUUAACUCCUUUCUUCAUGUGCCAGGUUUACCACCAUUACUUUCCUCUGACUUGCCUUUGCCCUUAAUUGAUCGCUACGAUAAGAGCCAUGGAUACUUUCUAGACAUGGCCACCUGCUUUCAAAAAUCAGCUGGAAUUAUAGUGAACACCUUUGAAUUGCUAGAGCCCAGAGCUUUCAAGGCAAUUUCAGAUGGACUCUGCAUACCCAGUAGCACCACACCUCCUGUUCACUGUAUCGGCCCACUGAUAGCGACCAAAAGUACUAGUGAUGGUGCAAAAGAUCAAUGUUUAACCUGGCUCGAUUCUCAACCGAGUCAAAGUGUUAUCUUUCUGUGUUUUGGAAGCUUGGGGCUGUUCUCAACGGAACAAUUAAGGGAAAUAGCUAUUGGGUUGGAGAGAAGUGGCCAGAGGUUCUUGUGGGUGGUGGGAAAUCCACCUUCUAAUAACCAAAGCUUAGCCAUCUCAGCCCAGCCAGACCCAGAUUUGAACUCAUUGCUCCCUGAUGGUUUCUUGGAUCGUACAAAGGACAGGGGACGCGUGGCGAAGUCAUGGGCUCCUCAGGUCGCAGUAUUGAAUCAUAACUCCGUGAGUGGAUUUGUAACCCACUGUGGGUGGAACUCGGUGCUCGAAGCCGUGUGUGCUGGAGUGCCGAUGGUGGCGUGGCCACUGUACGCAGAGCAAAGAUUCAAUAGGGUGAUGAUGGUGGAAGAAAUGAAAAUUGCUUUGCCCAUGCAGGAAACCGAGAACGGGUUUGUAACUGCGUUGGAGGUGGAGAGGCGAGUUAAUGAGUUGAUGCAAUCGGAAUCAGGUAACUUUGCUAGGAAGCGAACCAUUGCUAUGAAAAAUGAAGCCAAGGCAGCAUUGAGUGAAGGUGGUUCCUCGCGUGUUGUAUUAUCCAGACUCGUUGAGUCAUGGAAACAUUAUAGUUGAGUCAGGCUGCAUUGAGGUCAUGGAAGCGUUAAGGUUUUGAUAUUGUUAAUAAAUUUAGUAAAAAAAAAAAACUUUGCCUGCAUUUAAAAAUAUCUUAAUUAAAUAAAACAAUUAAAGUAAUUCAAAUUUUUUAUUUAAAUAAAUAUCUG